GUGACUCAACACGCUUUCUGGUGAAUUUCUUCAAUUUCUAAUUUCGUUAAAUCCCGUCAAAAGUCAAAAGCCAUAGAUUGAGGAAAUUGUGUAGUUAGAAAAACUCUCUUGCAAAGCUAAGCUCCUCCACAAUUUUCUUUUUCUUCACACAAAGAAACAAUUUCUCUUCACAAAUAUCAAUUAAUUAACAUCCAAUUUCUCUUUGCUACACAAAAUUUGUCCCCACUUCCUCAAUUUCUAAGCUUUCUGCUUUGUUGUAUCUUUGUCCCAAGUUUAUCCUUUGUUCUGGUUUAUAGUUGCUUUUAUCUGAAUCAUGAUUUGAAAUCAAGGAACUGUAUGUGAUUUUCAUUGUCUUUCUCUUUUCCAAAGAAAAAAAAAAAAGAGAAAUUCUUUUGGGGGUUCAGUAAUCAGUGAUUAAUUGGGAGGGUUAGUGUUUGAGUGAGGGUCAAUUGGUUGAGUUCACCAUUUCCUGUGCCAUUCUAUUUAUACAAGUUUGAGUUUGGAGGUUGUGCUUUGUUUUGGUGGGUUAUAUAUGAUUAUCAGCUCUCUUACUUCCAAUUGUUGGGGCUUAUUGUGGUUGCGGUGCCUUUCUUAAUAAUGGAGAGGGGAAUGAGAAGUUAAGAGGAGAAGACUGGAAAGUGAAGUUUCAAAUUAUCCAUUCACGCCUUCUUCGUAAUUUCCAGAUGCAGGGUUCCAAGAUAUUAAGUUUGGAGAUGAAGUAGUCAUGUUCAGUUGUAGAGAGUGCAAUAAGGUUUUAAACUCUGCAAUCGCAAUUUAGGCCUCAAGGUCAAGGUUUUUAGAGUUUGUGACUGCGUUGUGAUUGCAAUUGCGGCUGCAUUUGUCCACAUCGCAGUGACAAAUUAAAACCACUGCAUUCUUGUUUGGAUUUCUCUGUGCUCUUGCAUGUUUUUCUGUUAUGGAGGAACAUAAACCUGUUAUCUCCACUUGUGAACAAGAUCAACACGUGGUUGCUGCUGCUCAACACAUUUUAAAGGCACUAGCAGCCAGUAAGAAUGUGUCCAGUGACUUGAGAAAAACCCUCUUGGAUGUUGAGUCCCAAUUGUCCGCAAUUUCCAUAGUCAAUGAGAGGAAAGGAAGGGGUAUCAAGCCAUUAGAGAACCGGCUCAAGUGUGUUGAAGACAAGGUAACGAGGUGGGUAGCAAACCCUUCCAUGACAUGGGACUCUAGUCCCAAUCAGUCUUCAAACUAUUUGAGAGUUGUUGGUGAAAUCCAAACACUGAUUCAGAGUUUGGAAAGCUUUUCUGUGGUGAAUGAUAAUGGGAGGCAGAAGGAACUUCUUGAGAGAGCAUAUGCAGUUUUGCAGGAUGCUAUGUCAAGGCUUGAGAGAGAAUUAGACCACAUUCUUGUUGAACAUAAGCAGUACUUUGAGCCUGAAUACAUGUCUUUCGAUUCUAAAAUGGAUAUGGCAUAUGAUGAAUCAUUUCGUGCAGUGGAGGAUGAACAAGUUAACGAGGUCAGCAGGAGUACCGGUUCUAGCCAAUCCGAGGCCAACAUUGUUGAUCUGAUGAAUCCAGCAGUACUUGAGUAUCUCAAGAGUAUUGCAAAUGUCAUGUUUGACUCAAAAUACCAUCAGGAGUUCUGUCAGGUCUUCAUUUCAUCCAGAAGGGAUGCCUUGGCUGAGUAUUUUGUUAUUCUUAAGAUGGAAAAAUUAAGCAUUGAGGAUGUGCUGAAACUGGAGUGGCAGUACUUGAACCAUGAGAUGAAGAAAUGGAUACGAGCCAUGAAGAUCAUUGUUCAGGUGUAUCUUGUCAGUGAGAAAAGAUUGUGCAAACACAUCCUUGGGGACUUUGGAUCCUUUUAUCAGUGUUGCUUUUCUGAAAUUUCUCAGAGUUUUAUGCUUCUCCUUUUGAAUUUUGGAGAGGCCGUGGCAAUGGGAACACACAGCCCAGAAAGAAUAUUUCGUUUGCUUGAUAUGCAUGAGGUUUUGGAGCAUCUUUCAGUGGAUGUAGAUAAAUUGUUCUUUGAAGAAGUUGGUGCUUUUGUCAGAGGAGAGUUUCACAAGCUUCUAACGAGCAUUGGUGACACUAUUAAGUCUACAUUUCUGGCAUUCAGAAAUGCUAUUGCAACUAACCAUUCAAAGACUCCUUUUCCUCAAGGGGGUGUUCACCAUGUUACCAAGUAUGUGAUGAAUUACAUCAUGACACUAGGUGAAUAUGGUGAUACCCUUAAUCUCCUUCUUGUUGAAGAAUAUUCAAAUGAUCCUGCAGUCUAUAAACAAGAAACAUCAGCUCUCUCACUGUGUCCAGUGGCCUUCUACUUUCGGUCAAUCACCACAGCUCUAGAAUCCAACUUGAGCAACAAGUCCAAACUAUACAAAGAUGUGGCUUUGCAACAUAUUUUCAUGAUGAACAACAUUCGUUACAUGGUGCAAAAGGUGAAGUGCUCUGAUCUAAGCCACUAUUUUGGAGACUGCUGGCUUCGGCAGCACACUGCUGAGUAUCAGCGCGAUGCAAGGUGUUAUGAGAGGGUCACUUGGGGUCCAAUACUUUCUAUGCUUAAGGAUGAUAAUUUGCCAAAUUGUGUUUCACACAGAACUUUGGAGAAAAGCUGCAAAAAGUUUUGCAAUGCCUUUCGUGAAGUGUACAGGACCCAGUCGGGGUGGUGUAUCCAAGACUCUCAACUUCGUGAGGAUCUACAAAUUUCUGUUUCUCUGAAAGUGGUUCUUGCAUACGGAUCAUACACUGGAAGAAACUCAUCAAACAUUGCAGAUAAGUAUAUCAAGUACACUGUUGAGGAUCUACAAAGUUAUAUUUUGGACCUUUUUCAAGGGUCGUCAAAAUCUUUGCACUACACUCAUCAAAGAAAUUGAAGGGUCUUUCUUUCUUGUUUUGAGUUUCAUUUUUCAUAGACCAUUGUAUAUUUUACUUGUCAUAUGAAAAAAAAAAUGACAUCAUGGUCGUAGUUUAGCUAAGUAAGGCCAUUGUGCUUGUUCUUCGUUGAUAUCAAAUAAAUUAAUUUCUUACCUGUUGUUGGUCA